AUGCAUGAAGUCCCAGAGCCCCAGGGCAGUGGCACAGACAGUUCAGCAACCAGUUUGGGAAGCACUGUCACAGCAUGUAAGAAGAUUCUCUGCAGUAACAGUGUGCUAGAAUCAACAGACUACUGGCUACAGAACCAGAGGACACCAUGCCAAAUUGGCUUUCUGGAAGACAAGUCAGAAAGCAACUGUGCCUCAGUGUGUUUUGUGAAUUUAGACGCAAACAGAGAUGACUGCAGCGAUGAGCAAGUGAAACAGAGGUUGAUCAGCGUCUCUCCAAAUCUCCCCAAACUCAUCAGUUCGAUGAACGUACAGCCACCAAAGGAAAAUGAAAUAGUCCUGCUGAGUGGAUUAGCAUCAGGAAACCUUCAAGCUGAUUAUGAAGUUCCCCAGUGUCCUUGGCUGGCAGAUGUCUGCUUGGUUCAGUGUGCGAAGGGGGACAGGAAGAACAGCGCAAGCUGCAUCAUUUUCGAAAUAAACAAGUUUCUGAUAGGACUUGAGCUCGUUCAGGAGAGACAGCUGCAGACAGAAGCUCACGUCUUAAAGCCCGAGGAUGACACAAACUGCUCUGUGUCCUCAAUAGAAGAAGAUUUCCUCACAGCAUCCGAGCACCUUGAGGAUGAAAAUGAGGCUGAUGAAUAUAAAACUGGUCAUGAAAAAUUAAGUGUUUCAGAAGCACCUUCAGAUGUCAAGAAAAGUAAAGGAAAGGGAUUUGAAAGUCUCUACUACAGAAAAGCCAGGCUGCCAUUCAUUCCCGAAGGGAGCUGCGUUACUAAAGAUAAUGCAGCUCCCAGAGUCUCUGAAACUCUGAGUGUUGUGGCUGAAGAUGGCAUCUUAGAACCUGAAGAUAAGUCAGACCAGAAAACACUGCCGCAGAAGGAAAUAGCUAGAAGAGCUACAUUGUCCUUUAGUACUGCUGAUUUGACUACCGAGGUUGGAAAUUCCUGCUCGGUGCAUGUGUUAGAAGACACAUCUUUAACCAAAAUGGCUAAAGAGGAGCUGGGGCCUCUCUGUGACCCAGCAGCGAAACACAGUGGCAAGACAGACAGGGAGGAUUGUGCAGGUAUCGGGAAAACUGAUCCUCCCUCUCAGAACGAGCCGGCGACCACAGGUCAGUAUGCCACAAAUUUGGCAGAAUCUGUUCUGCAAGACGCAUUCAUUAGGCUGUCACAGUCCCAACCUGCUUUCAGUGAGGAGGCUGCAGUCAGCAUCUCCGUAGGAAGCUCCUCUAAGUCAGAAGACGCGUCUGCAGCCCGUUCGUGGAAUGAGCUUCCGAAGAUCGUCAUAGUGCAAAGUCCAGACAGCUCUGAGAACGUGUCUGACUGGCCAGGAUCUGCCUUCCCCAACCUGUGCCACUGGACGGAGUCAGAAAGUUCUGCUGAAGUUUCAGAUUGCCUUGAGGAAGAAAAUUCCAAUGGACAUGGCCAGAGCGCUCUGAAGACGCGUCUGCAGCCCCGCUCUGGGGCUUGCCCAGCCACUGUUAUUGGAACCAUUUCCAGUCCCCAGGCCACAGAAAAAUUCCGACGGGAUCAAGAAGCCACAGACUCUAGAAGUGGAGCAGCUGGUAACGGCGAGGUACACACAGCACCUUCACAGCUACGCGAUGACUGCGCUGGCACGGAAUACUCAUUUCCAUCUGCACUGUGUGGCAUGACUCAAGUAGCAAGUGCUGUAGCCGUCUGUGGCCUGGGGGAAAUGAAGGAGGAGAGGUACCCUGCAACUUCCAGUGGGCUUCUGUCUGCUGCUCAGACUUCUGCUGCCAUUACUCUGCACUGCAGCAUCGCCGCAGGAAGCAGCAUGGAGAAGCUAAAUGACAGCAUUGCAGAGGCACUUCUCAAAGAGGCAUCAGUAAUUCUGACAAAACCCAACACGUACAAAAAUGUAGGACAUUUUAUGGAAUCCAUAAAUGGAAAAAUUAUUGAAACAGCAGCAAGGCCACGGAUUCCACACACCGAUGAAGUAAUCAGGGAUGAACUUGUGCAAAACGUAUCAAAUAUUAUUCUACGACAUUCUAUUGAAGAGGUUAGGAAGAAGAGACAGCUGCAUCCCAGUUCAGAAGACAGCCUAAAUGCACCAGACGUUUUCAUGGAGACUGCAAACGAGUUGCUUUUUAAUAUAAUGUAUUUCACUUGCAAGAAGAUGAAUAGCAUAAGACAGGUUGAAGAGUGUUCUCCUGUCUUUUCUGAGGUCACAAAAGCAGAGAAACCAACACGAGCAGAAGCAUGGUCAACACAGGCAACAGCACAUGAAACUUCACACAGCGCCCUUGAUCACUCUGCUGUGAAGCCAUUUGGUACACCCUACAGCACUAGUGCUAGCAAAGAUCUUGGAAGUGCCACGAGCACCGGGAAAAGUACUAUGAAAGCUGCAAAUAGCAAGGAGAGUGCCACACUGAAUUCAGAACCAACAGGCAGAGCUACAGGGCAUAAUAACGCACUUGUCGCAAAAACAUCUCCCAAGAAAAGAUACCUGAAAAGAACCGCACGAGACUGUUACAAAUCCCCAAACCAUAGUAACAGUCAACAGAAGAAGAAAGACUCCAGAUCAUUUUCAGACAGAGAAAACGCCUUUGCAAACGAUGACUGCAGGCACGGUGUGCAAGAACAGCUGUCUUCCAGCACCACCGUGAACGUGGAGAACCAGGCCAAGCACAAGUGCGACCCUGUGCUAAACAACGAUGUUCAGGUUAGCUUGUCUUUGGUAGGAAACCACGUCUUGCUUCCUUCUCAGCCUGUGCUACAGGUGAAACACUCAAGGGAGAAAUACUGCAUAAUGGAUUUUGCAGAAGAAUUGGCAGAAACAGUUGUCUCUAUGGCAACCGAAAUAGCUGCCAUUUGUCUUGAAAAUUCAAAUGGAAAGCAACCCUGGUUCUGUGCGUGGAAGAGAGGCAAUGACUAUCUGGUGACCCAGAGUUUAUCCUGCAGAAGCAUGAAAAGGAAGAAGGAAAACCAUGCUAACGGAUCAGUUGUUCGGAAGCACAGGGCACCCCGACUUAGUGAGAUCAAAAGGAAAACAGAUGAGCAUCCCGAGCUAAAGGAAAAAUUGAUGAAUCGGGUAGUGGAUGAAUCUAUAAACCUUGAGGACACACCAGAUUCAGUCAGUAUCUUUGCAAAUGAAGUGGCUGCCAAGAUAAUGAACUUGACCGAACUCUCCAUGGUUGACAGCAUCUGGCAAGGUCCAAACCACCCCAGGAACAGGCUUCACUGUGAAAGAUGGAGCCGAGCCAAGGCCUCGAGCUGUGAGAGCAUACCGGAGGAAGACUCGGAUUCCAAAGCCUCUUUCAAUACCCUCGGCCUGACGAACACCUUGGGUCAGCCUGUGAGCCGGACAAGUUCUGUCUCAAAGCAGUCGAGCUGUGAAAGCAUUACAGAUGAAUUUUCAAGAUUUAUGGUGAACCAGAUGGAAAAUGAAGGAAGAGGUUUUGAUUUAUUACUGGAUUACUAUGCAGGAAAAAAUGCAAACAACAUCUUAACUUCUGCUUUGCAACAGGUAGCAAAGAAAAAUGGGCAUCUUAAUGUAAGACCAAGUUGCCCAUCCAAACAGUCCAGCACAGAAAGCAUAACAGAAGAAUUUUAUAGGUAUAUGCUAAGAGAAAUUGAAAAGGAAAAUAAAGAUAACACCUCUUCCCCUCGGAAUUCAAAGGACUGGUGUGACAGUUUGCUGCCGCCCUCCCUGCGAUCACCCUUUUGCUUCAGGCAGUCAUCAGUGCCUGACAGCCGAUCAUCAGGCUCUAGGCUAACUGUGAAUGUCCCAGUUAAGGCAAAUUCAUUAGAUGGAUUUGCCCACCAUCACCAGGAUUCCUUAAGCAUACAGCCUGUCAGUACCAUGGCGUCUUCAGGCCUUUGCAAGUCUGACUCGUGCCUGUACCAGAGAUGCAGGACUGACCAGAUAACAGAUAUGUUGAUUCACGAGACGUGGGCAAGUUCUAUUGAAUCCCUGAUGCGCAAGAACAAAAUCAUAGGAGAUGAGGCCGAGGCUGCGGAGACAGAGCAGCUGCACAGCGACUCCCCACCACACGUGGAACAAUAUGCAAACAGACUGGCUGCAAAUAUUGUUGAAAGUGGUAAAAAUCUAAUUGUCGUCCAGCAGGAUUCCUUUGAUUAUACAAGCCGAGAACACGCGCUGGAAAGCAAACCCCCACAAAGUGCAACUGGGAGUCCAUCAAAAAUCAACAGGGAUGGAGCAAACGUGGAUGAGAAAAAAGAGCCUCUGAGGAGCCCUGUAUGCCUCCCUGCAGGUCAGCACAGGGAAGUGCCUUUAAUUCAGAUAGAAACCGAUCAACGAGAUCUGCCAGAUAAAGAUGCAGAGUCCUUCACUUCACAUGCCCCCUCUGUAAAGGAGCAUCAAAGCAAAGACAAGCCUCUGGAAGGUUUUGGUGGGAAACACACAGUUUCCAAUUCCCUACUACAUGGCUUGCUUGACUUGAACAAGCAGUAUUGCCCAGGGACCAGUGGCACCAGUUUGCUUGCCUGUACUACAGUAUCAAUGUGCCUUCCUUCUCACCCUGCCAACAGCAGCCCUCAGAGCAGAGUGGAUGCCGAGAUCACAGGAGAGACAAAACCAUCUGAAGAAUUCCCAAACCACCUCAGCAGCAGUGAGGAAAGCUCUGGCAGCUGGUCCCAGCUAGCUAAUGAUGAGGACAACCCCGACGACACAAGCAGCUACCUACAGCUCAGCGAGCGAUCCCUGAGUGAAUUAGUAGAAGAAAAGGUUUUCCUUAAAGAACAGACAGAAAAUACGGAGGAAAGUACUUCUGCGCUUUCAGUGGGAACAGCUAAUUGUCAGAAGGACCUGCUGGUGAUAAACUUUGAUCUGGAACCAGAGUGCCCAGAUGUGGAGCUACGAGCCACCCUGCAGUGGAUAGCUGCUUCUGAGCUGGGCAUUCCAACCAUCUAUUUUAAGAAAUCUCAGGAAAACAGAAUUGAAAAGUUUCUAGAUGUUGUGCAGUUAGUCCAGCGGAAGUCCUGGAAGGUGGGGGACAUCUUCCACGCCGUGGUGCAGUACUGCAAGCUGAGCGAGGAGGGCCGAGAGGCCACCCCCAGCCUGUUUGACUGGCUUCUCGAGCUGGGUUAA